AUGCCGGGUAGCAGUAUACGGCUGCCGCUUGAGACUAUACGAAGGGCUCAAUCUCUGCUGUGUCUUGCCCACCAUGCAUCAACAUGUGCAUCGUCAUCACCAUUAUUGAGCAGGUCGAAUAACCCAUUACUGCCAAAGACAACAUCCAUCAUACCAUCCAUCCGCUCUCGGACCUCCAUAUCGCAUUACACAACGACUACUGCACACGUGUCUAUACCCUUACGGCACGUCCACAGAUCUCGACAUCAACUCGCAUUCAACGACAUCAUAAGGAGAUGGGCUUCAUCGGACCCGGCACCGCCUCCACCUCAAAAGGAUAGACCCAAAGUCAUACCAAAAGGAUUUGAAAACUUUUUCGAUCGUCCUAAUAGUGAAGCCAAAUCCGAUUCAUCUUCGAGUGAGAGUAAGAGCAGUAAAAGUAGUAGUGGAAGCGGUGGUAAUGAGGGAGACAAGAAGGAUGGAGAAAAGAAUAAAAAAUCUGCUAGUGAGAACGAAUCUGAAAGCAAGGCUAAACGGGAAAGGCAGAGAGAGCAGAAUCGCAAGGACAGUAGUAAAGAUAAAGAACCAUCCGAAAACACAUUCGAAGUCCUAACAUCCUUUAAACUCAACCCUACCAUGAUAUUCAUGUAUGGGCUACCAGCACUCUUUAUCGCAUACCACUUCUUGUCUCAGAUCAGCCAAGAGCAUCAAAUCACUUGGCACGAGUUUCGUGUAAAUAUGCUAGACAAGGGAUAUGUAGAUCAUCUAGUCGUCAUCAACAAGGGUAUUGUACGUGUGUAUUUAAGACCUGAUGCUCCACAAGCUCUACCCAUGCGAGGCACCGGGGGCCAACGACCAGAUCAGUCGGGUGUAGGUGGAUACUACUUCACUAUAGGUAGUAUAGAAUCCUUUGAACGAAACCUAGAAUCCGCCCAACGAGAGUUGGGAGUCCCACCACGAGACCGUAUUCCCGUAUCAUACUCGAACGAAAUAAGUACUUUAUCUUUAUUAUUCAACCUGGCUCCCACCUUGAUAUUGGUCGGUGUCUUGUUUUGGCUGUCGCGACGUGCUGCUGGUGGUGGAGGUGCUGGUCAGGGUAUCUUUGGUAUUGGUAAAUCUAAAGCUAAAAUGUUUAAUCAAGAGACGGAUGUAAAAGUCAAGUUUAAAGAUGUGGCUGGUAUGGAUGAAGCCAAGGAAGAAAUCAUGGAAUUCGUCAAAUUCCUCAAAGAUCCUGGUAUAUACGAAAAAUUGGGUGCCAAGAUACCUAAAGGUGCUAUAUUAUCAGGUCCACCAGGUACAGGAAAGACUCUCCUGGCCAAAGCUACAGCUGGUGAAGCAGGUGUGCCCUUCCUCUCGGUAUCUGGAUCUGAAUUCGUAGAAAUGUUUGUCGGUGUAGGAUCAUCUCGAGUACGAGACAUGUUUGCAAAGGCAAAGAAGCAUGCACCAUGUAUUAUCUUUAUUGAUGAAAUCGAUGCCAUUGGUAAAGCUCGUGGACGAGGAGGAUUUGCAGGUGGCAAUGACGAACGUGAAUCCACUUUAAAUCAAUUGUUAGUGGAGAUGGAUGGAUUUGGGUCAUCUGAACAUGUAGUAGUAUUAGCAGGUACUAAUCGACCUGAUGUCCUUGAUCCUGCUCUACUACGUCCAGGUCGAUUCGAUCGUCAUAUUGCUAUUGAUAGACCCGAUAUUAAAGGCCGUGUUGAUAUCUUUAAAGUACACUUGAAACCCAUCAAAACCACCGAAGAUCUAGAACGACUAUCUCGUAAACUAGCUGCUUUAACACCUGGAUUCUCUGGUGCAGAUAUUGCCAAUGUAUGUAAUGAAGCAGCUCUAAUUGCCGCACGUGGACACGCUGAAACAGUGGUCGAAAAGCACUUUGAAGCUGCUAUAGAACGAGUCAUUGCUGGUCUAGAAAAGAAAUCACGAGUAUUGUCACCUGAAGAAAAAACUAUAGUGGCCCAUCAUGAAGCUGGACAUGCUGUAGCUGGAUGGUAUCUCCAACAUGCCAGCCCUCUCCUCAAAGUAUCUAUAAUCCCACGUGGCGUCGCUGCAUUAGGUUAUGCCCAAUAUCUGCCAAAGGAGCAAUACCUGCAUUCUACUCUGCAGAUGCUGGAUAUGACGUGCAUGACAUUGGGAGGACGAGUGGCUGAAGAAAUCUUUUUUGCAUCAAUAACAACAGGUGCACAAGAUGAUUUACAAAAAGUGACUAGAAUGGCAUAUGCUCAAGUCAUGACAUAUGGAAUGGGUAAAGCUAUUGGUCCCAUAUCGUAUGGCAGGGGAGAUGAUAAUAGUCAGCAGUUGCAGAAACCAUACUCUGAAGAGACUUCUAGACUGAUUGAUGAGGAAGUUAGGUCAAUUAUUGCGUCGGCAUAUACCCGAACCAAGGAUCUCUUGUUGGAGAGGAAGGCUGAGGUGGAGAAGGUUGCUAAACUGCUGUUGGAGCGAGAAGUCAUUUCUCGUGAAGAUAUCUCUGCACUGAUUGGACCACGACCUUGGCCAGAGCCCAGAGAUUUCCAGGACUACGUUCAAGCGCGAACAGACUCCGAUAUAUUGGAGAAGCAAAAGCACUCGACUGAACACGAGCAAAGGUCGUAA